AUGGAUAGGCAAUCGGUGUAUUCGCUGAGUCUCUUCGGUCACGACAAAGAUGACAGGAACGCGGACGAGCAACCGUCACGCAUCCAACAGCAGCUCGUCGACUUUGUGCUAGACUUCCACAUUGACAAUGUGUUUAUAUAUCGAGACCAGAUCCGGGAGAACGUUCUCGUCAAGCAGUACUACUGCGAUAUCGAUGUCGCCCACCUCAUUUCCUACAACGAAGAACUAGCACACAGGUUGAACAGCGAGCCCGCUGAGAUCAUCCCGCUGUUUGAGGCAGCACUGAAGAAGUGCACCCAACGAAUCGUAUACCCCUCGCAGAAACAAAUUCAGCUUCCCGAGCAUCAACUUCUCCUCCACUCGUCCGCCUCUCAAAUCUCCAUCCGCGAUCUCACAGCCGAUAGCGUCUCCCACCUCGUCCGCAUACCCGGCAUCGUUAUCGGCGCAGGCACCCUCUCCUCCAAAGCAACAGCCCUACACAUCCAAUGCCGCAACUGCGGACAUGCAGAAACUAUGUCUGUCGUUGGCGGCUUCGCCGGUAUUUCACUACCUCGAACAUGCGGCAGAAUCACGGUGGAGGGGACCGCAGCAGAGCGAUGUCCGCUAGACCCGUACUUCGUUGUGCACGAGAAAUGCCAAUUCAUCGACCAGCAGGUGCUGAAAUUGCAGGAGGCGCCAGAUCAGGUGCCGGUCGGAGAGCUGCCCAGGCACAUUCUCAUCUCUGCGGACCGUUACCUGACGAAUCGCGUUGUACCUGGAUCGCGCUGCACGGUCAUGGGUGUCUUCUCCAUAUAUCAGGCGAAAGGCAGCAAAGGGAACAAGGGCGGAGCUGUCGCUAUCCGCAAUCCCUACCUGCGUGCUGUCGGCAUUCAUUCGGAUGUCGAUCACACAAUGAAGGGGAACGCUAUCUUCACAGAGGAGGAGGAGCAAGAGUUUCUCGAGAUGAGCCGCCGGCCGGACCUCUUCGAGGUUUUUGCAAACUGCAUUGCUCCCUCCAUCUACGGAAACGCAGAUAUCAAAAAAGCUAUCGCCUGUCUACUGAUGGGUGGCUCCAAGAAGAUCUUACCGGACGGGAUGAAGCUUCGAGGCGACAUCAACGUCCUCCUGCUUGGUGAUCCCGGUACCGCCAAAUCGCAGCUCCUGAAGUUUGUCGAGAAAGUCGCCCCAAUAGCCAUCUACACCUCCGGCAAAGGCUCUUCAGCCGCUGGUCUGACAGCCUCCGUUCAACGAGACAACAAUACGCGCGAGUUCUACCUCGAAGGUGGUGCAAUGGUUCUCGCCGACGGCGGCGUGGUCUGCAUCGACGAGUUCGACAAGAUGCGCGACGAAGACCGUGUCGCGAUCCACGAAGCCAUGGAGCAGCAAACCAUCUCUAUCGCCAAAGCCGGCAUCACCACCAUCUUGAACGCCAGAACGUCCGUGCUAGCUGCGGCGAACCCGAUCUUCGGACGUUACGAUGACCUGAAAACGCCGGGGGAGAACAUCGACUUUCAAACGACGAUCCUGUCCCGUUUCGACAUGAUCUUCAUUGUGCGCGAUGAGCAUGAGCGUGGUAGAGACGAGCGGAUAGCCAAGCACGUCAUGGGCAUCCACAUGGGUAAUCGCGGCGUUGAGGAGCAGGUUCAGGCCGAGAUCCCUGUGGAGAAGAUGAAGCGGUAUAUCUCCUACUGCAAACAGAAAUGUGCCCCUCGCCUCUCCCCCGAAGCAGCCGAAACCCUCUCCUCCCACUUUGUCACCAUCCGCCGCCAAGUCCACUCCGCUGAGCUGUCCGCGAACGCCCGCUCCUCCAUUCCCAUCACCGUUCGUCAGCUCGAAGCCAUCAUCCGCAUCACGGAAUCCCUCGCCAAGCUUUCCCUCUCCCCCAUCGCAACCGACUCCCACGUAAACGAAGCAAUCCGCCUCUUCCUGGCGUCGACCAUGGACGCUGUCUCCCAGGGUUCCGGCACGGCAUCCUCCGCCGAGCUGGCCGCAGAAGUCAACAAGGUCGAGGACGAGCUGCGGCGUCGGCUCCCCGUUGGCUGGUCGACCUCGCUUGCAACACUGAAGAGAGAGUUUGUGGGUGGCAGGGGAUAUAGCGAGAUGGCGCUCAAUCGCGCGCUGGUGGUGCUGCAGAGACGGGAAGUCGUGCAGGUCAGGCAUGGGGGGAGCCAGGUUUAUCGGUGUGGUGUUUAG